UCUUGUCUCGACGUCAACCAACUUCUUGCUGCUGAACCACGGCGACGACAUCAGCAACGCUGCGAUUGCCAACCCCUCCAAUUGGCCGUCCACGCAUCAUGGCCAGCAAGCUCUCUCGCACCCGGGCCCUGGCCACCGCCCUGCGGCCUGCGCGGCCCGCCGUCCAGGCGUCUCGCGAUCUCCAGUUUGUCCGCUGCAUCGCCAGCACCGCCAGUCGCAGCGAGGUCGCCAUGCCCAACGACGUCUCCAACAUGCGCCACGCCCCUCGCGACCACCCCAAGAAGCUCGAGGCGCCCAUUGUCAACCCGGCCGACAAGUUCCAGUCCAAGGCCGACAACCUCCACCGCUACGGCGCUUGGCUCAUGUCUUGCCUGCCCAAAUAUGUCCAGCAGUUCUCCGUCUGGAAGGACGAGCUCGUCAUCUACAUCCCUCCGACUGGAGUGAUCCCUGUCUUCUCCUUCCUCAAGUACAACACUGCUGCCGAGUUUACUUUCGUCAGCAACGUCACAGCAGUCGACUUCCCCACCAAGGACCAGCGUUUCGAAAUCGUCUACAACCUGCUCAGCGUGAGGCAUAACUCCAGAAUCCGCGUCAAGACCUACGCCGAUGAGGCGACUCCCGUCCCCAGCAUCACCCCUCUCUUCGACGGCGCAAACUGGUACGAGCGCGAGGUGUACGACAUGUUUGGCGUUUUCUUCACUGGCCACCCUGAUCUUCGCCGGAUCAUGACCGACUACGGCUUCGAGGGCCACCCAUUGCGGAAGGACUUCCCUCUCACUGGCUACACCGAGAUCCGAUACGACGAGGAGAAGAAGCGCAUCGUCACCGAGCCUCUCGAGCUCACACAGGCCUUCCGCAACUUUGAAGGCGGCUCCACUGCCUGGGAGCCUGUCGGCCCUGGUACCGAUCGGAAGCCUGAGUCAUUCAAGCUACCGACACCAAAGCCUGAGGAGAAGACCGAGGAGCAGAAGAAAUGAGCGCAGCACAACAAAUGAGAACAUGUACAUAAUUCCUUAGUUCAAGGCACACGAUGUAAGGUGGAGACCAGGCCAUCGAGUCGCUA